CAGACAUCUUCAAUUUCAUGUCCAUUCACCUGACGCAUCAUACAGGUGUGUCCGAUCGCCACCUAACUUAUCUAGUGCUUGUCGUUAUCCACGUUGACAUUGUGUUUGAUCUAUUCACCGACGACUACACGUGAAACACAUAUAUUUGUCAAUAUUACUACCCAGCAUACUAAGGACUUCAGCCAACAAUGUCUGACGCUGACGGAUCAAGUAGGGGAAAAAAGACAUUUUCUAUAGACAGUAUUCUGUCCACAGAUACGUGUGAGUCUCCAGAAGUGAUAAAGCCGCUGUGGGAUACCCGAGAUCCGGAAGUGUUGCGGAGGGCCUAUUUGGGCUUCCUCCCACUGGUCACACCAGACGUCCAGUUGUUAACCCUCGGGGGUCAAGUCAACCGGACACUACCUAACCCCACCCUCCUCGGACAACUUCAGGCAUGGUAUCAGCUCUCACAAACACGGCAGCAGCUUCAGUAUGGAGACAUUGAGCAACAGUUGAUGUAUGGAAGGGCACUGGAAAGGUACCAUGCGUACAGAGACAGCAGAGACCAAGAAACCAAACCGACACCACCUUCUUCUGCUCCUGAAACGUCAUCAACACCACCGGUAAUAUCCCCAACAUCCACGGCUACAAGAGCAGUGGAUAAGGAUUCACCAGAACCCGGUGCUGACGAGUCAGACUUCUUUCACGAAGAUGAAGACUAUAAACUCUCGUCCUCUCAAGGUGAAGGGUUUGUACCUUCUACAGAUGGAUGUGGGCACGCAGAUAAACAACGGAAGAAGAAAACCAGAACUGUGUUUUCCAGAAGUCAAGUUUUUCAACUUGAAUCAACGUUUGACAUGAAGAGGUAUCUAUCCAGUUCCGAGAGAGCAGGGUUGGCAGCUUCGUUAAACUUGACUGAAACUCAAGUCAAAAUCUGGUUCCAAAAUCGCAGAAACAAAUGGAAAAGACAGAUUACUUCCGAACUUGAAAAUGCUAACAUGGGCCAUGUUCCUUCCCGGCUACUGAGAGUUCCUAAUCUGUUCUACAGGGAUCUGCACAGAGUCAGCUCACCCGAUGUGGAGGGGGGUAGGGAGAAGCAGCUUGGAUUCCCACACUUAAGUGAAUCCCUUUAUUUCACAAGAGGUUUCCAUCCUUACUCAUACGCGCUGAGCAAACCUUCUACGGACGUAUAGGGUCCGUUGUCUGUGUCAAUAGACUAUUUGUUUAAGAGUCAUAACAUGUACAUAUAUAUCUGUAAUUUAUUACUGACAAUCGACAUGAAAAUGUAUUAUCAUAUUACUAAUAAUGAGACAAA